UGCAGGAGUUGUGCCUCCCAGUGAACAACCGUAUUCCACAUUGGUGAAUAACAGUGGGUAUGAUGCAAACAUGAAAGGUGACGACCAGAACUUGCAAAUCAGCCAUGAAGGCGAAAGAGAUGGAUGUGCAUACAGGAAAUAGUUCAGUAAGACCAAGAACAGCAGAAAGAAGCUGGAAGCUGAAACUCAGUCCUUGCAUAAUCCUGUGAAUGAGGAUGAACCUGUAAUGAGAAAAAGGUGGAAAGCGAAUCCCAAAUGAUCAGGAGGUGCCAGAGUGACAGUACAGCGGAAAAGAAAACAAGCAAAGUGCCUGUGUGCAGAUAAGUACAAACAAGAAAACUCUGAAAAAUAAAUCAAGUAAGAAAAGCAACAAGCUGGAUCCUUGUGAGCCAGGAGGAGGCUCAAAAGGAAGAUGCUCCAAAGGGGCCUGCACAGAGUCUCCUCUAGUUCCUGCUCCUGCAGCCCAGCCAGGCUGUUGAGGAGGGCCCUGUGCAGGCUGAGCUACCUCCAUCCAUGAAGCCAGCCCCCAUGGAGGUUGUUCUGGAGCCACUUCUCCCAGAGCCUGCUCAGAUGGAUCCUGUUCCGAGCCUAAUGGAGCUGCCCCCUCCAGUACAACUUCUCCUUCAUAUUGAGCCAAUCCCAGCAAGGUAGUAAAAAGAAAAAGCCCAGCCUACAGAGUGAAAUGGCCACAAAUAGCAAGUCAUUAUUGGCUUAGUGCCUAAUACAGACAGGGAUCAGAAGAGGCAGAUGAGAGUGUAGCUGAUGGAGCCACUCCCAAAGAAUCUACCAGUGAUUCUACUUCUGUCUUGAUGUUGAGCAUGCCAGACCAUGAAACUUCAGAUGGUAAACAUUAGAUCCCCUCAGACUCCCUCCUUGUGAAAUGGAAAUGGUCCUGAUGAGGACUCAACAGAGAAUCUCCCAGGAAAUCCAGGACGCCCAACACCAAAGUACACAAAAGUGGGAGAACGUUUACGGCAUGUCAUUCCUGGACACAUGGCAUGUUCCAUGGCGUGUGGUGGUAGAGCAUGCAAGUAUGAGAACCCAACCCGCUGGAGCGAGCAGGAACAAGCCAUUAAGGGGGUUUACUCAUCUUGGGUCACUGACAAUAUCCUGGCAAUGGCUCGCCCGUCCUCCGAGCUCCUCCAGAAGUACCACAUCAUCGACCAGUUCCUCAGUCACGGCAUAAAAACCAUCAUCAACCUGCAGCGACCUGGCGAACAUGCUAGCUGUGGAAACUCUCUGGAACAAGAAAGUGGCUUCACGUACCUUCCUGAAGCAUUCAUGGAGGCUGGCAUUUAUUUCUAUAAUUUCGGCUGGAAGGAUUAUGGUGUAGCAUCUCUCACUGCGAUCUUAGAUAUGGUGAAAGUAAUGACAUUUGCCUUACAAGAAGGAAAAGUAGCCAUUCACUGUCAUGCAGGCCUUGGCCGAACAGGUGUUCUAAUAGCAUGUUAUUUAGUGUUUGCAACAAGAAUGACUGCUGAUCAAGCAAUUAUAUUUGUGCGGGCAAAGCGACCCAAUUCCAUACAAACCAGAGGGCAGCUGCUCUGUGUACGGGAAUUUACUCAAUUUCUGACUCCUCUCCGCAAUAUCUUCUCUUGCUGCGACCCAAAAGCACAUGCUGUCACCUUAGCCCAAUACUUAAUUCGCCAGCGUCAUCUACUUCAUGGUUAUGAGGCACGACUUCUAAAAUAUGUUCCAAAAAUCAUUCACCUAGUUUGCAGAUUGCUACUGGACUUGGCUGAGAAUAGGCCAGUAGUGGUAAAGGAUGGAUUAGAAGGGUCUGGACUCUCUGCUGAAAUCGAAAAGACUGUCUCUGAGAUGAUCACAAUGCGCCUAGAUAAAGAAUUACUGAGGCACCACAGUGACAUAGCUGACCCAUUUAAUUCUACAGCAGUGGCAACAGAGUUUGAGAAUCAAGAUGUGAUUCUUUCCAAUGAUCAAGAGUUUGACCCUCUUUGGAAGAGGCGGAAUGUUGAGUGCCUUCAGCCCCUGACUCGUCUGAAGAGGCGGCUCAGCUACAGUGACUCAGACUUGAAGAGAGCAGAGGCUCUCCUUGAGCAAGGGGAGACUCCGUGGACAGUGCCUGCCCAGGACUUACUGGGUCACAAUGUCCAGCAGCAGAAGCCCAGCAGCCACUGUUACAUCCCACUGUCUCCAGCAUUGGAUCUCAGUAAGGAAGCAUUGGUUCGCAGUACAUUUUCUUUCUGGAACCAGUCUAAGUGUGGUGACUUAGACGUACACAAAGGUACAUCACCCUUUUGCCAAAGGAGGGACAUUGCAAAGGAAAUACAACGGAGUCGAACCUUCUCUGUGGGUGUUUUAGGUUCACACAACCCCGGGGAACCUGUUACACCCACCUUCACAAAUGUCGCCAGGAACCCAGAUCUCUCUCACCAGCAAGUGGCCCACUUUCAGUGUGAACCUCAUGGUAGCUGGAACCCAGACUCUGUCAAGGAAGAGGGCCAGACUCACUGCAGACCUCUGGACUGUGAUUCCAGUCCAAAGGCACAGGUGCUGAUUGGACCUGGUAUCCAAGACAGCAAAGAUCUGUCUGAAGCAGUGCCACAGACCAAUUUGCAGUCUGAACUGAGUAUAGAAGCAAGGAGAAUACUGGCAGCCAAAGCCCUGGCAAACUUGAAUGAGUUUGUUGAAAAGGAGGAGGUGAAAAAGAAAGUGGAAAUGUGGCAGAAAGAACUAAAUUCCCGAGAUGGAGCUUGGGAAAGAAUAUGUGGUGAGAGAGACCCUUUCAUCUUAUGUGGUUUGAUGUGGUCUUGGGUGGAGCAACUAAAGGAGCCUAUAAUCACCAAAGAGGAUGUGGACAUGUUGGUUGACAGGCAGGCUGAUGCUGCUGAAGCACUCUUCUUAUUAGAGAAGGGACAGCACCAGACUAUCCUUUGCGUGUUGCAUUGCAUAGUGAACCUGCAGGCAAUUCCCAUGGAGGUAGAGGAAGCUUUCCUUGCUCAUGCCAUUAAAGCUUUUACUAAGGUUAAUUUUGAUUCUGAAAAUGGACCGAUAGUUUACAACACCCUGAAGAAAAUAUUUAAGCACACGUUGGAAGAAAAGAGAAAAAUGGCAAAAGAUGGCCCAGUGACUGACCUUUUAUGAAGCUGAUUUUCUUCUCACCAUGAAUAUUUCAGACCUAACGAUCCAGAUAACAUUUCUGUUCCUGUGUCAAUAAGCUGAAGUUUGUGGAGCUACUUUUUCUCAUAGCACUUUAUUUUGAAUGCUAUUGGCUUGUGUUGAGAAUGACCCUUCCUGUUUGGAGCUAUUAUUUAUUUUAAAAUAACUUGAGCUACAUCUUAGUCUUGAAAAAAUUGCCAUAAAGUUGCUGCCACUUUUAUUUAUUUAAAUGGAAUGAUACUAUAUUAACAUUUUAAGUAUUUGGUGUUUACAUCUUUAUUCUCUUUGACAUUUUGGAAAAAGUAGAUUUUCCUUCCAAAACAGUUAUUUUCUUGACAGAAAUCUUCCUAGAGCUUAGUAGUAAAACCUCUCUGUGUAUAUACUCCUGGGCACAUUGACCUAAGAAAGUCACCAAGUGUCUUAAACUGUUUUAUAUUUGUUACUAAGAAGGCGAUUGAUACAUUUUUAAGGUCUUUUUAAAACUUUGAAAGUUUU